UGUCCACACUCUACCCAAGUGCGCAUCAGAUCGCCUCUUUCCCUCUCUCUCUCUCUCUCUCUCUCGCUACCCACUUUUCAAAUACUAUUGUAACAGUACACCCGACGUCUUAUACGCCUGUUUUUCCUUUAAUGAUUCACUUUGUCUGUAGAGGAGAUAUGGAAAUGAACUAAUUUAACUGUCCAGUGCGCGCUCGCACCUUUGUGCGUUACCCAGUCAAGAAAGGGUAUUGAUCGAUAAAAACGGGAGACAAGCAUACACAAUGAGGACAUCAAUGCUUUGCGUCUUAAUCUUAAUGAUGUGGCAGUGUGAUUGUCUGCGUUUUGUGUGUCCGGAGAUGUGCCGGUGCGCCAUCAAGACCAUCAGCUGCAACAGCGCGACUGAAGCCACGGCGCAGAAACAGCGCGGCGCAUUCGGCAGACUUGUUCUGAACUAUAUCCACUUAAGGACAAUUCCCAGUUUCAGCUUCGAUGGACUGCGAGGUGUCAAAAGAAUAGAAAUUGCUCAAAGUGUCACACUCGAAACCAUAGAGACCCAGGCCUUCAACAACCUUCUCAACCUCUCAGAGAUAUCAAUCCAAAACACACGGAGCCUGGUCCAUAUCCACCAGCGGGCCUUCAACAAUCUACCCAAGCUGAGAUACCUAAGCAUCUCCAACACCGGGAUAGUUGUGUUUCCCGACUUGACAGCCAUCGGAUCUCUUGAAGCCGAUUUCAUACUAGAUAUCUGUGACAACCUACACUUGCAGUCAAUCCCACCAAAUGCCUUCAUUGGAAUGACAGCUGAAGACAUAACAAUGAAUCUGUAUAACAAUGGCUUCAGGGAAAUAUACAAACAUGCCUUCAAUGGCACAAAAAUAGAUAAACUAACCUUAAAGAACAACCGAAAGCUGCAAAUAAUCCACAGGGAUGCUUUUAUGGGAGCUUUGGGCCCAUCUGUAUUAGAUGUUUCCUCCACUGCUCUGGAGACAUUGCCGUCUCAUGGCCUGCAGUCUGUGCUGAUGCUGGUGGCUCGCUCAGCGUUUUUGCUAAAGAGAUUGCCGCCUCUAAACAGUUUGGAGAGCUUAAGAGAGGCUCAUCUCACCUACCCGAGCCACUGCUGUGCUCUACUCAGCUGGGACACUCACAGGGAGUCUCCAUCUUCAGCACAGAGGAAUGGAUCUUCAUACUGUGAACACCAUAGUCCGUUAGAUAAGGGCUCCGGAAAAGAGGUUUUCUAUUCUGACAUUCUGGAUCCACUAUCUGAAGCCAGCUUUGGCAAUGUGGACUUUGAGUACCCGGACUUCUGUCAAAUCAGACCAGCCCUCCAGUGCAGCCCUGAGGCAGAUGCCUUCAACCCCUGUGAGGAUAUUGCUGGGUUUGGGUUCCUCCGUGUGGCUAUCUGGUUCAUCAACAUCCUGGCUAUUGCUGGCAACCUGACUGUGCUUCUUGUGUUAUUCGCCAGCCGCUGCAAACUCACUGUGCCACGCUUCCUCAUGUGUCACCUGGCCUUCGCCGACUUCUGCAUUGGUGUUUACCUUCUCAUGAUUGCCAUUGUGGACCUGAGGACACGCGGCUACUAUAGCCAGCAUGCCAUUGAAUGGCAGACAGGAGUGGGCUGCAACAUUGCAGGCUUUCUAUCUGUCUUUGGUGGAGAACUGUCCAUCUACACACUGUCUACGAUCACCAUAGAACGUUGGUACACCAUCACCCAUGCCAUGCAGCUAGAGCGUCGACUUGCUCUGCCCCAAGCUGCUGUAAUAAUGGUUGCUGGCUGGCUGCUAUGCCUGGGCAUGGCACUACUUCCACUCGUGGGCAUAAGUAGUUACAGCAAGGUCAGCAUGUGUCUGCCCAUGGACAUUGAAACACCUCUGGCCCAGGCUUAUGUCAUUCUUCUGCUGCUUUUCAAUGUGGGGGCUUUUGUGGUGAUUUGUGGUUGUUAUGUGCGGAUCUAUGUGAUUGUACGGCACCCUGAAGUGCCUGGCCGUGCUGCUGAUGCCAAAAUCGCCAAGCGCAUGGCCGUGCUCAUCUUCACCGACUUUCUUUGCAUGGCGCCAAUCUCUUUCUUUGCCAUCUCAGCUGCCUUUAAGGUGCCCCUCAUCACAGUCACCAACUCCAAGAUCCUGCUGGUGCUGUUCUAUCCUAUCAACUCCUGUGCCAACCCUUUCCUCUAUGCCAUCUUCACCAAGGCCUUCAGGAAAGAUUCAUUCAUUCUGCUAAGCUCCAUGGGCUGCUGCGAGAGCAAAGCCAACAUGUACCGUAUGAAGACCUACUGCUCAGAGAACACUGCAAAAAUGAUGAGUUCCUCAGUUGGCAAGAGCCUUCACACUGCCAAGUGGUUGUCCAUCUAUCCUCAACAAAAGUGCCAGCUGCAGAUAGAGGGGUUACAGAAAGACAGCUGUGGAGAACAUCUCACAUAACACAUUCCGACUGCUUGCCUGAGAGUUCUCAUCUUUUUUCAUCACUGUGCAGUGUUGUAUGGUGUAUUAUGUUAGCCGUGUCCCUUCAGAGUAUUUUAAAAUUUGAUUCUGACUCAGGUAGGAGAAGGGCUCUUUCAGAAGGAAUUUGUCACAGUUAUUUUAUCUCACAUAAAGAGGUUUAAUUUUUUCUGAAAUAUAAUGUUUUGUCCCAUGAGAACCUGCUUUGUGAUUCUGAGUUUAUUCAUACCCUUGACAGAGGAGUAGACAAUACGGGCUGAUAGACUUGGACACCCUGGAUUGGGGCUAUAGGCUAAAGAAAAAUGAAGAAACUGAUUGUCCUCAUAUGUCACAUCACAAUUCAUCCUUUCCAUCCAUUUGACACUUUUUACCUUGUGAAGUGAUCAUCACUGCCUAGUUCUCAGACAUAAGUAGGAACAUCACAGACUGGACUCAGAGCACCCUGAAUAGAUCCUUUCCCUUCAUCCUUAAUCCAGUAUGUCUUUUAUAAGUUUGUUGUUGUUAUUUUUGUCAAACAAAUUAGGUUUUGUAUCAUUUUGAUUGUUUUUACUGUAUUGUUGUCUACAUCUCAAGGAUCUUGUCGCAUUUCUGACAGGUCAACAUAGCCUACAUCGGUCAUCACAGAGGUCAGAGGGCAAUGACUGUGUGUUCUGCCUCUAACCUUUUUUAUGAACAUAAUAUAA